AUGGCCGAAGUCAACGGCAUAUCCAAGCACGAAGACACCGUUUCAGUGUCCACCACGCAUUUAGGAAAACGAAAACGCCGCACCGUAUCUCCCGACCCUUCAAUCUCACCCUCUAACCUUGCCACGUCUCCAUUGCAAGCAGCCCUUCAAGAUGUCCUGCGACUCCUCCGCAAACAUGAUCCGACGCCCUCACUCCUCAAAUAUCCUCUCUCUUCCACAUCUGUAGACACCCCUGAUGCGAAACGAGCACGCCUUUCCAGACGUGAACCCGGAUCCGAGACGAUUGAAGACCGAAUCACAUCAGGCAAUUACGCUUCCUUCCAAGCACUGAAAGAAGAUGUCAACAGCGUCAAAGUUGCCAUUCUCGACAGCUUGUCAGACCUGAGCGUCAAUGCGAAGUCUCGAUCCUCAACUCUUUCGGAGUCCGAAGCGCAGGAAAAAUUGUCGAAACUGGUCAAUGUGCUGGAAACAUAUGAUGUCGGAGCAUCGAAGACCCUUGAAACGGGUGGUGCAGACGCUUGUGAAGAAAAUUUGGCCAAGGCGAGCACUGCGGACCUGCCCUCUGGAGAGGUCCUCUCACUUCGCAGUCAGGUCAAUGGAAACCCUUCCGUCAUAUUCUCUGGACUCCAAACAUCGGAACGACUCGAGAACGAUGGUGAUGAUGCAGCACCCGAUUCAGACGAACCCGGUCUGCCGAAUGGAUUUGAAUUUAUGACCUUUGCGCCUGUCGAAGGCGAGCACCCGAACCAGAAGCAAGAGAAGAGGACUUUCGAAAAAGUAUUUCCUCCGCCUAGUCGAUCCAAACCUUUGGAAUUCCCACGGCCGGCAAGGGAUCAGGCGAGAAGCAGCGUUUUACAAUACGGGCCGCAGUCAACUCGAACGGAAAGCAAUCCUCGGAACAAGCAUGAUUACAAGUAUGAGAGAUUACCCACGGGUUUGUGGCUCACCUAUGGAGUGGCGGGCAUCCACAGUGACCAGGAUCGUUGGCGAACCCAUCAUGGUUCUGGUGUCAGUGACUUCAAAACAGCUCUGGGGGUCAAUGGGGUGCCAACCAAAAAUCCAUUCAACGAAGAGGCGGCAUUUACCUCGGCCUAUUCGUCUUUUGCUCCGACGUCGGAUAAUUCGCACUCACUGGUAUCUGAUGAGGAGAGAAGUCGGCUGUGGUUGCACAAAUAUGGCGAGCAGAAGCUAUCUCAGAUUUUCCGAACGAAGAAAUCCGAGGACACUGACCCCGAAGCAACCGAUGAGCCCAAUGACGAAGAUUUUGCAGAUGCUGUUGCACACUGGGAGCCCACCAAACUCGAAGAUGUCUACGAAGAUAUUUUCGGUCCUAAACAAGAGGAUAAGGAUGUUGACCACUUACUUGCAGAGGUUUCAGAGAUGAUCGCGACCUUGAGUGCCUAUAAAAUGAAUCGCGACCUCCCGCCUCUCGACAAACGCCCCGUUACCGAGCCCAGCUCAGCCGAGAUGGAAGUUUUCGAGAUGCUCAGGGCACAAUUAAGCGUAUUAGUGUCGACGUUACCGCCUUUUGCAGUGGCAAAACUCAACGGAGACCAAUUAGAAAAGUUGAAUAUUUCGACCAAGAUACUUGUCGAAGCACCCGAUUAUCCAGGAACCGGACAAGUAGAUGACUACACUCUGCAGCGGCAAAGGAUGGCUCAACAAGCUACCUCGGCGGCGAGUCGUACUGCAACUACCCCUCAAGUUCGCCCUGGCUAUGGUCAAUCUCCAGCGACCUACAGUUCACAAGUUCGGGGCUACAAUUCUUCGGUCCCAGCCACGGCGGCUUACGGUAUGAGAACAUCAAAUUACCAAACACCUACGGCAUCACGACCAAGCUACUCGCAGACUCCAUAUCAACCUCCCAACAAUCUCUAUGGGUCUCGUCCUUCCGUACAACAAUUCCAGCGACCCACUCAAAAUGGCUAUGGCAAUUACGGCGGUACACCCGCACAGACACAAACUCCAAGCUUUGCUCAACGUCCAAGUCAACCAGGAUAUCAGCAGCGUGCACAAGAUACCGCUGUUGCCAAUGCAGGCCGGUCCGUCUCUCCUCAGAAGCCAUUGGUCAAUGGCCAAACGUAUUCACCAAGACCGUAUCAAACUCAACAAGCGCAGACACCGUAUGCAUAUCAGAGACAAGGAUCCGGAACUCCGGCGACACCUAUCGCUAGCGCCGCCACUCCUGUCGGAUCCGGAUACGGACGAGAUGAAGGCAAUCGAAUUCAAGCGGGAACAGAAAAGAGUAGUUCUGCUGCACUAACGCAGACGCAAUCAGCUCAGACAGUGGAGGUUUCUCGAUAA